GGGCUGCCCCCGGAGCUGCUGCCCGGCCCGUACCCGCGCACGCCCGAGGAGCGGGCGGCCGCCGCCAAGAAAUACAACAUGCGCGUGGAGGACUACGAGCCCUACCCCGACGACGGCUUCGGGUAUGGUGACUAUCCCAAGCUCCCUGAUCGAUCUGCACACGAGAGAGACCCCUGGUACCAGUGGGAUCAGCAAGACUUGAGACAUAACUGGGGGCAGCCGAUGCACUGGGACUUUGACAUGUAUGUUCGGAGCCGCGUUGAUACAUCCCCCACUCCGAUUCCCUGGCACACCAUGCGCAAGCAUUUCCUUAUCUUUUUGACCUUCAUGCUGUUUAUGUUUGGUGUUGGAGAGAUUUACCCAUCUUACAGGCCUGUGGGACCGAAGCAAUAUCCCUUCAAUAACCUAUAUCUGGAGAGAGGUGGAGACCCGAAUAAAGAGCCACCAGAGGUGGUGCACUAUGAAAUCUGA